AUGGCGUGCAUGGUGGCGGCCACGGGCGGGCUCAUCUUCGGCUACGACAUCGGCAUCUCCGGCGGCGUCACGUCCAUGGACCCCUUCCUGAGCCGCUUCUUUCCGUCGGUGUACCGGAAGCAGGCAGAGUCGGCGGACGGCGGCAACCAGUACUGCAAGUUUGACAGCGAGCUGCUGACGCUGUUCACGUCGUCGCUCUACGUGGCGGCGCUCGUCGCGUCGCUCUUCGCGGCGUUCGUCACCCGCGCCGCGGGCCGCAAGUGGUCCAUGUUUGCCGGUGGGGUCACCUUCCUGGCGGGGUGCGCGCUCAACGGCGCCGCGGUGAACGUGGCGAUGCUGAUCCUGGGCCGGGUGCUGCUCGGCGUCGGCGUCGGGUUCGCCAACCAGAGCGUGCCGGUGUACCUGUCGGAGAUGGCGCCGAUGCGGAUGCGCGGCAUGCUCAACAACGGGUUCCAGCUCAUGAUCACGCUGGGGAUCCUCAUCGCCAACCUCAUCAACUACGGCACGGCGAAGAUCGCCGGCGGGUGGGGCUGGCGCCUCAGCCUCGGGCUGGCGGCCGUCCCGGCCGCCAUCAUCACCGUCGCGCGACCGGCCCGAGGAGGCGAAGCGGAUGCCGACGUGGCCGCCGAGUACGACGACCUGGUGGCGGCCGGCGAGGCGUCCAGGGCGGUGACGCACCCGUGGCGCGACAUCCGGCUGCGGCGGUACCGGCCCCAGCUGGUGAUGGCGGUGGCGAUCCCGCUUUUCCAGCAGCUGACGGGCAUCAACGUGAUCAUGUUCUACGCGCCGGUGCUGUUCAAGACGCUGGGCUUCGGCGGCACCGCGUCGCUCAUGUCGGCGGUGAUCACCGUCAACCUCGUGUCCACGCUCGUGUCGGUGUUCACGGUGGACCGCGUCGGGCGCCGCGUGCUGUUCCUUGAGGGCGGGGUGCAGAUUCUGGCGGCGCAGGUUGCGGUGGGCGCCCUCAUCGGCGCCAAGUUCGGGUGGAGCGGCGUGGCGACGGUCCCGGCGGGGUACGCGGCGGCGACGGUGGUGGUGAUGUGCGUCUACGUGGACGGCUUCGCGUGGUCGUGGGGGCCCCUGGGGUGGCUGGUGCCCAGCGAGGUGAUGCCGCUGGAGGUGCGGCCGGCGGGCCAGAGCAUCACCGUCGCCGUCAACAUGCUCAUGACCUUCGCCGUCGCGCAGGCCUUCCUCCCCAUGCUGUGCCGCCUCAAGUUCGUGCUCUUCUUCUUCUUCGCCGCCUGCGUCGUCGUCAUGACGCUCUUCAUCGCGCUCUUCCUGCCGGAGACCAAGGGUGUGCCCAUCGAGGACAUGGCCGGUGUCUGGAAGACGCACUGGUACUGGAAACGGUUUGUCAACGACGGCGACGACACUGACGGCCAUGGAGUCGACAUCGAGAUGGGCUGCGUCGGCGAGGCAAAGAAGUAA